GAAUCCUAACCAGGCAAUCAGGACGCUAAGACGUUUCUGUUCAUAUAAUAGCAACUAGCAAGUGUUCAUGGCUACUCUUCAAGCUGCUUCCUUUUGUUCUUCUUCUUCUUCUUCUUCCUUUAGAAAAAUCAAAGCCACUCUAAAUGCUUCAAAAAUCCAAUCAUCUGAUCAUCUUUAUUUUCCUCGGGUUAUUUUCGAUGAGUUGAAUCGAUGUAAUGGGCUGCAAACCUUUCAGCCAACUUCAUCCCAUACAGAAAUGAUCCCUAAUAUUGGAAGUACUAAUAUAAGAAAUGGCGAAGCAAUUUCCAGCUCAAAGGCAAUGCAAGAGCUCUACACGAUCAUGGGAAUUGUAGCAGAUAGAGCAGAAAUGCACAAGAAUAUAGGAGCUCAGAGAGAUAACUGGAACCGUCUUCUGCUAAAUUCUGUCAACGGAAUGACACUCACGGGAGCAACAAUGGCAGGACUUGCCUCUGUCAGUGGAGCUGGAGCACCGAUUUUGGCUCUAAAGCUCUCUGCCAGUGUUCUCUUUCUCGCAGCCACUGGUAUUCUGCUGGUGAUGAAUAAAAUCCAGCCAUCCCAGCUUGCAGAAGAACAAAGAAAUGCUUCAAGACUAUUUAAGCAGCUUCACGAGGAAAUCAAAAUUACUCUGGCUCUUCAAAACGUCACUGCCAACGAUGUAAAGGAUGUGACGGAGAAGGUCUUGGCACUGGAUAAGGCAUAUCCACUCCCCUUGCUCGGGGCAAUGCUGGAUAAAUUUCCAGCAAACGUAGAGCCAGCUGUGUGGUGGCCACAUCAUUUGAAGUCUCAACCAGAAAGUGGCCGGAGGGUAGAGAGAAAUGGGUGGAACGAAAAUCUAGAAAAAGAAAUGCGGGGUGUUCUGGGUGUUUUGAAGAGAAAAGAUGGAGCAGAAUAUGUGAAGCUAAGUAAAGUAGUACUGAAAGUUAAUAAAGUUCUUGCAGUGUGUGGCCCUUUAUUUACUGGUUUGGCUGCGGUUGGGUCAUUAUGUGUGGGAUUGCCAUUCUGUGGCUCGUGGGCAGCUGUCUUUGGAGCUAUGGCAACUGUUGUUAACAGUAUGGAGCAUGGGGGCCAAGUGGGGAUGGUGUUUGAGAUGUACAGGGACUCGGCCGGCUUUUUCAGUCUUAUGGAAGAGAGCAUAGCAUCAAAUUUAAUGGAAAGAGAGGCUGAUAAGAGGGAAAAUGGAGAAUUGUUUGAACUUAAAAUGGCUCUUCUGCUUGGGAGGAGCUUGUCAGAGCUCAGAGACCUCGCAAAUUGCAGUAGUACUACUUCAUCUAAUUUGUCUAGUACUUCACAGGACGAAGAAGAAUUUGCAAGCAAACUCUUCUGAGUUUUGAUGUCUA